AUGGCAGGCUCAUCUCCUCCGCGCCGGCAAAGCUACUAUUUGGCUGCCGGCAGUCCACAACGAAACGUUCUCGAAGAAAUACUCGGCGACGACAGGAAUUCGGAAGCGCGCCAUAGGUACCUUCUUGAGACGGCAAAGAGAGAACACGACAGAGUCAGGGAGGAGGCAGAGAGAGUGUACCGGGAGCAGUUGCAGAGGGAGGAGAGACAGCGGUUGCUCGAUGCUCGAAGGAAAGAGGAAGAGAGGAUCAAACUCGAGGAGGCACUCGCUGCGGAUCGCGCGCGGCUGAAUGAGCUCAAAGCAAAGAAGAUCGCGAUUCCCGCGCCUCUGCCCGAUCCAGAACCGCCUGUUAUUGUUGCGCCAGCGGUCAAUGGAAAGGUUCCUGCUGUUCCACCACCGAUCAACAAUGCCCCAGCCCAAACCAACGGGACCACGUCACAGAAACCAACAACGAUUCCCGCCGUGCCCAAGCUCCCCAGUGCACCUGUACCGGCGCAGACUCAGAGCCAGACUCCAGCGACAGCGCCGCACAAAGCGCCAGAACCCUCGAAGACAGUAAACUCGGUUCUCGGCAUUAAUGGCCUUCUUAAUAACACGCCACAGCCGAAUGGCGCCGCCUCAAAUCCCGAAACAUCGCGCUCGGCUGCCCAACCUCCAACGCAAACGCGUCCCGACAAAUAUGUCGAGAUCCAUAAAAAUCUCAAGAUGCUCCGGAAAUCCAUGGCUGACCAGGCCAAAUCAAACCCAGCUUUGAAGGGAAGGAUGGGCGAUAUGCGGCGAGAGAUCCUGCAGUCAGAGUUGAUGGACCCCAGUCGCUUCGUUCUGGAGCCAAGGAACCCAGCCGAGGGUGCUGCACACAACGACGCCACUCUUCCAUCAAUUUUCCUCUACCUCAUCAACAUUUUUGCGAAAGCGGCUAUUGCCCAAUUCAUCAACGAGGCCGGCGCGCGGCCGGAGACAGCGGACCCGGUCGGCGUCUGCGUUGCCGCGACCCUCUCGGAGCCGGAUUUCCUAUGGCGCGGCUCAUCGCUGAUUGACAUCAUGCUCGCCAAGUUCAGGAUAGUAUGUCCUGUGCUGUUCGGCUACCGAGGUAGCGAGAAGACGGAGCAAGGGAGACAGAGGCUAGGGUGGUGGAAAGACGGCGGUCAGUGGGUGCCUGAGCAGCAGCAUAUGGACCGCAUGACAGGCCUGGGCGCUGGUUUCGCUUCAAUAUCGCUCCGGAACUUUGCUAUGUCCAAGAAGACAAACCCCUUUCCGCCACGGGUAUAUUGGACAGCCAUGGCAAGAAUCGUCAACACGCCGCACGCAGAGAUCUCCGACACGCAAUGCGUCGUGUUGAAGGCGAUGGUGGAGAACUACGAGCAGAAGUUCAUUGAGUUCUAUGGGACGGCCGCUAUCGCGGCUUUACGGACAGCGCUGGUUGACUUUCCGUCCAGAGUACCCCAGAAGUCAGCCGCUGUAAAUUCACUAGAGGUUUUGGCGCAGAUGCUGAAGCGGAAUACCGGCUUAGUUCUUGGAUAA